AUGAACACAUCACAAUCCAUUGCUAUCAUACCUGCUAAUAAAUAUAAAAUUGUGUUUUUGGGUGAUCAGGCUGUAGGAAAAACAUCCAUCAUCACAAGAUUUAUGUAUGAUUCUUUUGACACUACCUAUCAUAAUACUAUUGGAAUUGAUUUCCUCUCUAAAACAAUGUAUUUGGAAGAUCGAACUGUACGUCUUCAAUUGUGGGACACUGCUGGUCAGGAACGUUUCAGAAGUUUAAUUCCAAGUUAUAUUAGAGAUUCAUCAGUUGCUAUAAUUGUUUAUGAUAUAACGAGUAAACAAAGUUUUAUGAAUACAAAUAAGUGGAUUGAGGAUGUUAGGACUGAACGAGGAGAUGAUGUUAUUGUUGUUUUAGUUGGAAAUAAGACUGACUUGGCAAGUGAUAGUGAUAAAAGACAGGUCAGUAUUGAGGAAGGAGAAUCAAAAGCAAAGGAAUAUGGAAUUAUGUUCCUCGAAACAAGUGCCAAAGCUGGUUACAAUAUCAAAACUCUCUUUACCAAAGUUGCAAAUGCCUUACCAACAGCUGUUGACGCUUCUGCUACAUCAAAUCCAACUCCUUCCACACCAACUACUUCUGGUAAUGAUGUCUUUUUGGUUCCUCUUCGUCAAACUAAAUUACCAGAGUCCACACAAGAAUCCACUUCAGAACAACCAGCUUCCUAUUGUCAAUGUUAAGAAACUUGAUUUGCCAACAAUUUUGUUUUAAAUUAUCCACCUUAAAUAUUUUGUACUCCUAUUAAACUUGCAAUUCUUU